AUGCCAGAAGCAAAUUUUUACAAAUUCUUGGUGAUUCCAGAGCCAGACAACCCAGCAAAAAACUGGCACUUUUUCAUAAAAACGCUGAAAUUUGAUUCAAUACCCGGUACCUUUUGGGAGUAUUCAUGUGGAUGCUGCAUCAACUUCCCUGCCGCUUCCAUGCCGAAAAUUCCUGGCGCCGUACUCAAUUGCAAGGGUGGGAAUAAAGUGAAGAAAAUAACCUCAUUCUGGGCAAAAGAAGAUUCUCCGAAGACGAGCCAUUAUUCCUGCCCAAAAGACCCGAAGUUUCCAAAUCAUCUUCAAAGAAUCGUCAACCGACUUGCUGCUCCGCGUCCGGAGUACCUGUUCCUGGCGAAAUCUUUGUUGAUUCCAGUUCAAAUUCCCGAAAACCGAAUCGAGUACAAGAAAGAACGACAGCUGCCAGAAAGUCUUCGACAGUCUCUUGAGAAGGAAAACAAGAAAACGAGUGAAAAAGGGAUGACGGACGAACAACUUGAAGAUCUCUUCGCUCGAACGCACAAGAAGAAGCAGAAAAAGUCGACGAAGAAGCCAAACAAGGGAAAAGCUCCAAACAACAUCCGAAAGACGAAAAAGCCUGUUAAACUGUAA